CUGGAAUGGUUCAUCGACAGCCCAGUCGUCUAUUCCACCAUGAGUCAACAGCAGAUGCGCCUGUCAUGUUUUGCAUGCAAAGCCAAGAAGCAGAGAUGUGACCGAGUCUUUCCCUCCUGCAGCCGUUGCCUCAGAACAGACACAGAAUGUGACUUUCCGCGCUCAAGGAGGAGCCAGGUUGCUAGACCUAUGAAAGUCCAGGAGUUGCAAAGCAAGCUAGUCAAACUCGAGGACGAGAUCGCGUCGUUGAAGACAAAUAAUCAAGUAUCAGACAAAAAUGUAUCAUCUGAUCCCCAACAGACAGAUCACAGUCCUAAAAUCAUCUCGGAGCAUGGACCGGCUACUGUGCUGCACUCGCACUCGGCGAGCACCGUUGUAGCAAGCCCAAUUCUUACCAACCAUGGCCUCACAUCUGAUGUAGUACUUGAGCUAACAAAGGCGUAUUUUGACAGUCUAGCAUACGCUGCACCGAUGAUUCACGAGGAUCGCUAUUUGGCAUCGCUAUCCCAACCCCCUGCUCAUCAGCCCCCUCUCUGCCUGCAAUAUGUAGUCAUGGCUCUAGGAGCAUAUGCCUCAUCUUGCUCUCCCGAGUUUGUAGAAUCGCUCUAUCAAAAUGCCAAAGCUCACGCGACGUCAGAGGACCCAGAUGGGGACGAGCACGACCUUGUUACUCUAUCACAUACGCAAUGUUGGUCUCUGAUAGCCAACUUUGAGGCUCUACAUAUGAUGUUCACCCAAGCAUUGACCAGCUUAUGUCGAGGGAUCCGCAUAGCACAGGCUCUAGGUCUUCACCAACUGGGUGAAGAGAGUGAGGGGGCGAUCCUGGCAUCAGCUCAGGAGAGAAUUAUUCUGGAAGAACAACGCCGAACAUGGUGGUUUCUUUUUCUUUCAGACCGUCUCGUUUGUGGGACGACAGGCCUUCCUUUAUGUAUCAACCAGGAAGAUGUGACGGCGUUACUUCCUACAUCAGAGAAAGCGUUCGCAGACGGACAUUCAGAAUUCGCUAGUCCUUUAAAACCUCUACACAGUUUCACAACUCUAGGCUCAUCAAUCCUUACAGUCCGGGUGUUUAUCGCGAAUCUCUUUCACCGGGUCUUGAACCAUACUUCCUGUAUUAGUCCUGGAAUACACAUCAAACGAGACCAGCACGAGUUUUGGGAUCGACAUUGCCGGCUUGAUAACGAGCUCUCUCUUUGCAUCAUCAAACUGCCCGAAAAUGCCCGCAUUGGCAAUCCUAUCUAUAACCGAGACGCCGUUAUAGUCAACACCGAACUUCAGGCAGCCAUCAUCAGCCUCCAUCGAGGGGCGAUUUGGAAUCUCCGCUUUUCCGAACGUAAUUCGUGUGGAGAAGAGAUAAAAAGACAACAAGCGCACCAUAGCCAGGAGCGGGUGAUGAACUCUGCGCAAGAAAUCGCUCAUAUCUUGCGUAUCGCUGGGGCCUACUCGACAACCUUUAUGAAUCCGAUACUCAUCUUUUCCGUCUAUCUAGCUGCUUUGGCAUUCAUAGAAGACUUUUUGGAUACGCAAAAAGAACAGAGUCAGGAUACUGCUCUGAUGUUCCUAUCUGCCUUAGUUACGAUUGGUGUUCGCAAUGUUGUGGCGAGGUCACUAGCAAAGCAGGUUGCUAAAGACAUGAGUCAUGUUGGUAUUGAAUUGCCGCCAGAUAUAAAUUCCCAGGCCCUACAGUCAGACUUGCCAAGCUUGUUCUCAGCGGAAGUAGGAGUUGCAGCUGCUAACGUGUCAUUUCGAUGUUUUAUUUAACUUAAUUCAUGUGCAUUAUGGGCAGUUGGCGAUUCCCACUUAAGUCAGUGUAUAUUCGACUGAGCAACUAUGAUUCUGAUGAGAAAUUCAUCCCAAUCUCGGAGAAUUAUCUUUAUUCCAGGGGUCAAUUAGCACUUAUUUUUUCCAAACUGCAGCAGGAACUCCUAGUCUUAUAUAGC